CGUCGCGCCAAAAUUCCCGCACGCGGCUACAUUUAGUCCAUGCGUUCAUAUAUGAUUUUUUGGGGGUGAUUCAAGUGGACCUACGGACGUUAUAGGACGCCACGGUUUUAAGUUUUGCGUUUUUUGGGAUUCGGUUUUGCGGUUUCUCUGGUAUUAUAGUGCGGUUCAGUUAGCGGUUUUCAUUAUUUUACCUGUUACGUUCCUGGUCGCUGACGAACUUGUGCCAAAAGAACAAGAAUUCAACAAAUCAAAUGUAAAUAGUAGCGCAAUACGAAAUAGUUUAAUGAAAUAAGCAGGGUAAAUUGUUCAACUAAGUCAAAAUCGUUUAGGUUUACGUAGUGUUUAGUGACUGUCGUUGUGAAUGCUUCAUAUUGGGUGUUUGUAGGAGAAAAAUCUGUGUAGAAGUAUAAAAAUUUAAUAUCAAGACCUAGUCUUCUGAGCAUUCCAUUAAUGUUAGGAUCACCAUCCAGAUCGCAGAUCGGCUCGGUAGCAGUUCGAGUUUCUGGCGCGAAGUCACGCACCUAAAAAUGUUAGUGUGGUAAUCGUUGCCGAAAGGUGCCCAAGAUGCACCACUACCCCUCCACCGGGUAUUCCCACUGUAGGUCCGGAUCCGAUUCCGGACUACACCGCAGAAAUUCGCGCAGGGAAGAUCUCUUCGAUUCCGGCGACUCCACACUCUCUGAUCUCGAUGAGUCGGAGAGUGGAUCAGGCUCUGCGGCGGACGUGGAUCCCAACCUCCCUUACCCGGGGAUGGCGCCGGUGGUUUUAAGAAACCUAACGCAAACCACGCGACCGAGAAGCUGGUGUCUGGCGCUAAUCGCAAGCCCGUGGUUCGAGAGAGUGUCCAUGAUGGUGAUCAUCUUAAACUGCAUCACCCUCGGGAUGUACCAGCCGUGUUCCGAUGGCAUCGUGCAAACAGGAGAGGAAGCCGGAGACUGCAAAUCCAACAGUUGCCUCAUACUCCAGAGAUUUGAUGAGUUCAUAUACGCGUUCUUCUCGUUGGAGAUGACGGUAAAAAUAAUUGCGAUGGGGUUUUAUGGCCGCGGUUCGUAUCUGGCUGACUCCUGGAAUUGGCUGGAUCUUUUCAUCGUCGUCGCUGGAGCUUACGAAUACGUCGCCCCCAACUCCAUCCUUAAUAUAUCCGCCGUCAGGGCCAUAAGGGUACUUAGACCGUUAAGAGCUAUUAAUAGGAUACCAAGUAUGCGUAUUUUAGUGAUGUUGCUCCUAGAUACUUUGCCUAUGUUAGGAAACGUGUUGCUUCUGUGUUUUUUCGUAUUUUUUAUAUUCGGUAUUAUUGGCGUGCAAUUGUGGCAAGGAGUUCUUCGGCAACGUUGUUUUCUUAAGCAGAAUCUAAACGUACCGCCAGGUAUCGCACCACCACCGGGUGGGAUAGACAAGUACUAUUACUCAACCGAAACGGAUUAUAUCUGCAGCAAGGCCGACCAUUCGGGGAUGCAUACGUGCGAUAAUCUUCAACCCUAUAAAGACGGGUGCAAUACCUGCAAUUUGACGAUCGAAGAGAAAGCUCAACCGGAGUACAUCAAUGACGAUAAUUUUUGCGUCGAUUGGAACAGAUAUUUGGAGUGCAGAGAUAACGGCACCAAUCCUUUCCAAAACACCAUUUCAUUCGACAACAUUGGAAUGGCCUGGGUGUCUAUUUUCCUUGUCAUAUCUUUGGAAGGUUGGACUGAAAUUAUGUAUUAUGUACAAGACGCACACAGCUUCUGGGAUUGGAUUUAUUUCGUGCUACUGAUUGUGAUUGGUUCGUUCUUCAUGAUAAACCUCUGCCUGGUCGUAAUAGCAACACAAUUUAGCGAAACGAAGAAACGAGAAAUGGAAAGGAUGCGGUUGGAAAGAGCCAGAUUCCAGAGUAGUAGCACUCUGGCUUCUUCAACGAACAACAGUGAACCUACUAGUUGUUACGCAGAAAUUGUCAAAUAUAUUGCUCAUUUGUGGAGGAAGAGCAGGAGAAAAGUACUGAAGAAAAUCCGGUUGUAUAGGGUGAGCAGGGAGCAACAGCGAGAGAAGAAAAUUGCUAGAGGGGAGACUAUAAGACUUAACGUACAUCGCAAACAUCAUCAAAAUUGUCCUAGAUUCAGACAAAAUCAGCCAUCGAGUUUGCCAAGCACAAGGCCAGUAUCCAGGACCGACUCUAUAUGCAUCAGCGAAAGUCCACAACAGAGUAAGACCACGGAAGAUGUCGAAUUAACCACCGUCUCCAAAAGACCGAGCCUCUUAAGAGUACCGUCGAUCUCCAAUCAGGACAUAGCGACGAACAAUAACGAUAGUCCAACGAAUGUCCUAUCCCCACCGUCAGUGCCAAACAAUCGUCGUCCUUCGGUGAUGUUCAGCAGCGUUGUGGUGCUGCAUGGCGAGAACGAUGCACCGUCCGGCUCAUCCUCCAAUAUCCUGACUAACAACAUGAACAACAUCGACAAGAAGAAUGUUUGCUCGAGCGAAAAAACGACCCAGGCUGGAGACGGAAACAUAUGGGUCAACUCACCGGUACCCAAUGAACAGGAGAUAUUGAGGGCAAAAGCGAAGAUAGAAGAAGAUUGUAACAAGAUCCCAAAUCACACCCCACUGACCUGUCAGCAGUUAUUGGCAUUAGGUGCUAUUAACGCGACUCUUCCCACCGGACCUAUUGCUAUAGACACCAUCUUGAACUCCCUGUACAACCGGGAACAAGGUGAGGAGAUCUAUAUGCAACAAGUCCUGGAGGACGAGUUUUCGUGCUGUCAGGAUUUAUGGAACGGCGACUAUAAGACGGAGAAACGUUCGAAAUUGUACGUGGUGUCUUGCUUGAUCGUUAAAAGGACAGUUAACGUGAUCAAGUUCGUCAGAAGGCACGUGAAGCAUCUGGUAGAUCACAAGUAUUUUCAGCAGGGUAUUUUGUUGGCGAUUUUAAUUAAUACGAUGUCCAUGGGAAUCGAACAUCACCAGCAGCCUGAUUGGCUGACUCAAAGCGUUGAGAUCACCAAUAUCAUCUUCUCGGUGAUCUUUGGCAUCGAAAUGGUGCUGAAAAUUGUUGCCGAUGGGCCUUUUGGAUAUAUUUCCAACGGGUUCAACGUGUUCGAUGGAGUGAUCGUCGUGCUAAGCGCGGUCGAGAUAUUCCAAAAGUACACGUACGACGACGAAAUGCACAACGAUUCAGGAUUGUCAGUGCUGCGAACGUUUCGCUUGCUGAGAAUCCUGAAACUGGUGCGUUUUCUGCCGAAUUUGAGGCGUCAAUUAUUCGUCAUGCUUCGAACGAUGGACAACGUAGCGGUCUUCUUCUCUCUUCUCAUACUUUUCAUCUUCAUAUUUAGCAUCCUGGGCAUGUACCUGUUUGGCGGUAAGUUUUGUACAUACAAAGACGAGAAGGGCGUCGUCCGGAACUGUGGUUGCCAAUAUCUGACCGAUCCGAAGUGUCAGUGCGACAGGAAACACUUCAACAACAUCCUCUGGGCCACCGUCACCGUCUUUCAAAUUUUGACCCAAGAAGAUUGGAAUAUCGUUCUGUCGAACGGAAUGGCGAAAACAUCUCCAUGGGCUGCACUCUACUUCGUCGCGCUCAUGACUUUCGGCAACUACGUCCUCUUUAAUCUCUUGGUCGCUAUCUUGGUGGAAGGGUUCAGCUCUGAGCGCAACGAGCGACGCGAACGUGAACAAAGGGAGCUGGUCCGGAGGAAGAUGUCUCGAAUCCUGGAAGCGAGCUCCGGCAGUAGCACCGACGAUAGCUCUAGAUCGAUAUCUAGUUCCAGUGGAAGCUGCCUCCAGGAGACCAAGAAUCACUGGAGAUCCGCCGAAGAACUUCGAAAAGUUAAGGAUAUGAACGGACAGUCUAUCGCAAAUUGUGAUUGUCACAAUAGAAAUGAGUGCUAUGUUAAUGAACCCAAGUGCAAUAUUCAGAAGGAAUCACUGUCCAAACAACCCCAAAGACAGUCUUCGCCGCCGAUUAUUACGCACACCGCAGCGACUCCUCAAGACUCUCCAAGCACUACUCUGGAUGAUAUUUUGGAAUUUAGGUACAGCGUAACAACUGUAGGCAAUGAUUGUCCGUCAAUCAGUGAGAGUAGUCAUGGAGGGCCGCAAUCCAGCACCGAUUCAACACAGAAAACAUCUGAAAAGAGUUUAAGUCUUUUAAAACCACCAACGUUAUCCCCACCACCGUUAACAUUUCGUAAUUCAAAAUUCGAGCGCACCCCUUCGGAUGAACCACCGCCAACACUAUCAGGAAAAAUAGUCAUCCACAACGAAAAAAUCGGUUGGAACACAGUUUCGUUUUCGGAAAAAACUCCAAUGCCACCCAAAAACAACUCCGAUAAAAACCACGACAAGGUUCAGAGGAAGUGUUCGUGGAAGUUGUCGAAAAAGUCAAGUUUAAGACGUAAUAAGAGAACAGGAUCAGAUUCGGAAGCUGCGCCUUUGAAUAACGGAAGGGAUCAUUCCCAGUGUAACGGAGGAGACGUUCCAAGGCACGCUAGUUUACGAAACACGUCCCUGUUGCAAUCUGCUAUCCGCAUUCAGAACGAUACGCAAAAGGACAUGCCGAAUAACAAAAGCGCUAAAGGACUCAGUCCGCAAAAUUCCAUUAGAUGUAGAUCGAACACGUGCAGUUCGGCUGUGUCACAAGCAAACGCACCAACUCCGGCUUUAACCAGGCAUAAUUCUUUGACAAAACAGCCAAUACUCCAGUCUAAAAUCAACGCCCAACGUGCCAGUCCAACUUUAUCAAGAAAGAACAGUUUAAUAGAGCUCAAAACCAUCAAUAGUUUAAAUGAUAAAACUGAAAGAGCUCUGCCUAGAAUUAAUAUGGAAGAGUGUGUGGCUAGCCAAAUUUUAAGACCAAGAUUGAGUCUUUUAAAUCGGUUGGUAAUGAUGGCCGAACCUACCGGUUGUUUUAAGGAAAAAGAGGAUUAUUCCAUGUAUUUGUUCUCUCCUAAUAACAGACUCAGAAAACGGUGUCAGUGGUUGGUAGCACAAAAAUGGUUCGACAAUGUAGUCCUCUUGUUUAUCGCAAUGAAUUGUAUAACAUUGGCCAUGGAACGACCGAACAUUCCUCCAGAAAGUACUGAGAAACUCUUCCUGAAAACCACCAACUAUAUAUUCACCGUCGUUUUCGCCACGGAAAUGUUCAUUAAAGUCGUGGCAACAGGAAUGUGUUAUGGACCGAACGCGUACUUUACCUCAGGUUGGAACAUAAUGGACGGUUCUUUAGUCAUCAUUUCCAUAAUUGACAUAAUUAUGUUCCUAAUCACGGACACCAGUUCGAGAAUUUUUGGCAUAUUAAGGGUAUUUCGAUUAUUGCGCUCCCUUAGGCCGCUAAGGGUAAUUAACAGAGCUCCUGGUUUAAAACUGGUCGUACAAACCUUACUGUCUUCCCUCAGACCAAUCGGCAACAUUGUACUCAUUUGCUGCACGUUUUUCAUCAUUUUCGGUAUUUUAGGAGUUCAACUCUUUAAGGGAACUUUCUACAGAUGUGUUGGGGAUAAUGUAACUCACAUUCACACAAAAGAAGAAUGCGAUAGGCAAUCACCUAAAUUAGUUUGGGAAAAUCAAAAAUACAAUUUCGACGAUUUAGGACAAGCUCUUAUGUCACUGUUCGUUCUCAGUUCUAGAGAUGGAUGGGUUAACAUUAUGUACAAUGGAUUAGAUGCUGUUGGCAUCAAUCAACAGCCUAUUGUUAAUUAUUCUGAGUGGAGACUUCUUUAUUUUAUUUCCUUUAUUCUUUUGGUUGGAUUCUUUGUUUUGAAUAUGUUCGUUGGAGUCGUAGUUGAAAAUUUCCACAGAUGCAGGGAAGAACAAGAAAAAGAAGAGCGAAUUAGGAGGGCCGCCAAACGAGCUCUUCAAUUAGAAAAACGCCGAAGAAAAAUGAACGAACCUCCAUACUACAUCAACUAUGGUCCAAGAAGAUUGUUUAUCCACAAAAUAGUUACCUCUAAGUACUUCGACUUGGCAAUAGCUAUGGUUAUAGGCUUGAAUGUAAUCACAAUGGCGACAGAGAAGUACAAUAUGCCCAUACCAAUGGAAUACGCGUUAAAGAUAUUCAAUUACUUCUUCACCGCCGUCUUUAUCCUUGAGGGAAUCAUGAAACUUGUGGCUUUAGGCCUGAAACUCUACGUCAAAGACAAAUGGAAUGUACUUGAUGUUUUCAUUGUGGUCUUAUCCGUAGUCGGAAUCGUUUUGGAGGAGCUAAAAUCCAAUAUUAUACCCAUCAACCCUACAGUACUGAGAGUGAUGCGUGUGAUGCGCAUCGCUAGAGUUUUAAAGCUAUUGAAAAUGGCCAAAGGCAUUCGAGCUUUGUUGGAUACAGUAAUGCAGGCACUUCCGCAGGUCGGAAAUUUGGGCUUGCUAUUCUUUCUCUUAUUUUUCAUAUUUGCCGCUCUCGGUGUUGAAUUGUUUGGUCGACUCGACUGUACUUACAAUCUAUGUCAAGGUCUUGGCGAGCAUGCACACUUCGAAAACUUCGGAAUGGCCUUUCUGACCUUGUUCCGUGUAGCAACCGGUGACAACUGGAACGGGAUCAUGAAGGACACAUUGCACGACGAGAAAUGUGACGACAAAAGCGACUGUGUCAAAAACUGUUGCAUAUCACCAAUCAUUGCUCCAAUUUUUUUUGUUAUUUUCGUUCUUAUGGCGCAGUUUGUCCUAGUCAACGUUGUAGUUGCCGUAUUGAUGAAGCACUUGGAGGAGUCACACAAACACCUAGAGGAUGAACUGGAUAUGGAUAUACAGUUGGAAAGAGAGUUCCAGGAGAAGGUGGAGAUGGGAGAACGCAGAGAAUUGUGUUUGGCAUUGCAACUAGAUCAGGAGUGUCAACGUCAACAAAAACCAUUAACUAAAGUGCUAUCUCUACCAUCCAACUUCACGUACAAUCCUCCGGGUACGAAUGUAUCUUUGGAGAGGCAACCGUCGAAAACCAGAAGGCAAACUUUACACAGUCAUCAACCCAUAAUGAUGGCGAAUUUAGAUGACAUAAAAAAUAUCGAUGAGAGUACAUCGGAUAUUUACAGCAUUCAAGAGAUUCGGCUGCCAGAAAAAAAUCUGAGGCAGCAACAAACCAACUUGGACGAGAUCAUCACCGUCAAUACAGAUAAUUUGCUCAAACUACCCAAAAUCGAAGACAAAGUAAAGCGCACUAACGAAACAACGGACACGAAUAGACUUUUCGUCCCUCAUGAACAGAAACCGGUCAGUAAAUUGUACGGCAGUACCAAACAUCUUUUCCACAAGCAGUUAUCAAUGGAUGUGACUGAAGAGACGCCGUUUUUACAGUCCACCAACACUCUAACGGUGCCGGAGCCAAAUUUGAAGAUACCAAAGCACGAUAGCCAGGAGAGCGUGCAGAGGAUAAUAACAGAACGGAGGAAAAUGGACGAGAACAUGAAGGAGAUUAAUCAGUUUGAUAUUUUCGAUGUCAAUAACAGUAGUGAGGAAAAUUUGGUAGAUAAGGAGGCUCGAGACGAAAAAGGUUAAGAUGUAGAGAAAUUAGCAUUGUUGAAAUCUUUAGGUCGUCGCAGAAAAGAUGUCGGGCUCGGAACGAUAACUUUCGGUGUGCAGUAAUAUAUUUUGGUUGCAAAUCUGACAUCUUUUAAGCGAUUUGGUAGUUUACCUAUUUUUAUACAUGUAUAUAGUUAUAUUUGUAUAUAUCUUCCUAUUAGUAUUUAUUUUUACAUAUCUUUAGUCGGUGUUUUAGGAUUUUGUACAUUGUAUUAUAGGAAUUGUCUAGAAAAAUGUGUCUAACUACAGGAAAAAAUCAAACAAACAAAAGUGUAUGUUAUUUGUUUGUUCUGCUUUGUUUUCAUAUGUGGUUGUGAAUUUUUUCCAAAAAAACUUUCAUAUAUGUGUUUUUUUAAUAGUUCUAGUCUUGUACUGGCAUUUUUAUUAUUGAUAUUAAAUAUUUUAUCUAGUUUAAUAUUUUCAAAGCGAGUUUAUACAUAAAACUGAUGUAUAAAGCUUGUUUAAAAUUUAAUAUUUUAGGCGACUAAUGAGGAAUUACUAAACAAUAAAUUAAAUCUGUGAAAAAUAUCGUAACUAUUAGAUGGAUAAUAAAAUGUAGUGUAAAUUACACUGACUAAAAAAAAACUAGAAUCUUCAAAUUUAUCUUUUCUAAAAAUGUUGAGUAGUUAAAUAAAUGAGUUAAUAAAAUGUGAUUGAUCAUUAGGAAAAUCAAAAAAGCAAAAACAGUAGGCCAAGGUCGUUGUUAGCUCUUCAAAGUCAAUAAAAUGUUUAAACGUGGGAAACAACUAAUAUGACAAUCUCUACUCCGCCUUUUUCGCUUUUCCACAUCUGGGAAAAUACAUUACGUAAAAUAGAAUAUCUUAGCUUGUUCAGUCAAUUACAGGGUGACUCAUAUCAACUAAUAUUUGUAGUAGUUACAAAGAUAAUCGAGUAAAUCAAUUAAUAAUACCCAGUGAUAUAAAUCACCUUGUACAAAGAAUCUUCUUCUGUGUUUUCCUAAAUUAUAAAACCAUGCCAAACCAAUUUUUACUGUCCUUGUAAAAAUUGCUUUGUAAGAAUUUGAAACUGUGAUAUUUUCGUCCCUCUUUUUAGAUUAGAUUGUAAUGUUUAUUUUGUUAAAAGGUGCAAAUAUUUGGAAACUUUAUCCGAACAUAAAUAAACGUCUGGAUAAAUUUGGCACCUUUCUAAAUAUUUUUAGCUGAUUUGUUAAAAUAUGUUAAGUUUUCGAUUGACUCUAUCCGAAUGUUUCAACGAAUUUAGUACGUAUAGGUGCUUUUUAGGUUACUUCUUUCUAUACCUGUGCCUUUAUCUGUCUAUAGCAGAAUUGCAUCUUCUUUUUCUAUUUAAAUACAAUGGUGAUUCAAUUAGUAAGAAUUUUAAAAGGUAAAUACAAAAAUUGAACUGUACAAAAUGUACGUAGUAUUGUAAUGUUAAGAGAAAGAGAAUUACAGUAAAAUCAAUGUUAAAAAUA